AUGGUUUUCUGUACAGUCGUGAAUUGCUCCAGUAGAAGCAGCCGACAGAAGACCGGUUCAGUCGAGAAGGUGCGCUUUUUUAGGAUCCCAAAGGUCGUAGAAAAGGAAGGAAAGGCAGCAGAGAUUCUAAGCGCGGACAGACGUAGGCUGUGGCUCGCUCGCAUCAAGCGGUCGGAUUUGACCAAAAAGAAGAUAAAAAACGCAAGAGUAUGCAGUCUACACUUCGUGCAAGGUGAACCCGCGUUGUUGCACGACACAAUCAGUCCGGACUGGGCACCCAGUCUUAACAUGGGCUACGAAAGGAACCCUGUGAGAACUGAAGCUGUGGUGGGCCGCUACGAAAGGGCAAAACGACGUGCCAAAGCUAUGUGCAGUGAACACCGCAUUCGCAAAGCGGAAAGCCACUCUGACAGCACAGAGAUUGGAACUGAAAACAACAAUGAUGAUGAUCCAGUCACAAAAGCACUAGGCACAUCAGUACAGACAGAUCUUCAUCAAGAACAUAUCGAGCAACUUCAGCAAGACAACAUGGCACUAAGAUGUGAAGUUCUUCAUCUACGUCAGAAAUUGUCCAGCCUUGAGCUGACACAGGAACAUUUCAAGGAGAACCACGAGUAUGUGAAAUUCUACACAGGACUUCCAUCGUAUGAUAUAUUAGAAGCAGUGUACGACUUAGUUGACGACACUGUGCCAAAGUCGGAGAUCAGUAAGCUCACAAAGUUCCAAGAGCUGAUUGCAUUAUUUUUAAAAGUGGUUGACGUGCUUGUACACAGCAUUGAAAGGUUUCAUUCAGUGGCCUGA